UGAAUGAAAACGUCACAAACGCAGUUAGAACUAGAGAGACUUGUCAGUGACCAACGACUGGUCUGGACUCUUCACCAGAAGCAGCGUUUUUGUUCGCCCUCAGAAACGCUCCUGGAUCACGACACCGUGAGUUACUCUGGCGACGACCGACUCCAGAACCUGGUGAUGAGCAGUCAGGCGGAUUCGGCAGGUGACGUUCGCCGGGACCCUGAAGCGGGAGCUCGAGCGCCGAGGCGGCGAAGCUUUCGGCAGACUCGGAGGUUCAAGAAAUGCAGACGCCAUUUCAGCAGGGCAGUGAGGAGCCUGUCUGCGUUUGUGCUCGGGCUGGUUUUGGCAUUGCUCUAUGGCGCCAUGAUGGUCGUCAUGCACGGACACCUUGUCUGGUUCAGCAUGUAUGUGACGCUGGCGCUGGCUGCCUUCUUGGCCUUUGGGAUGGGGCUGUGCAUCAAGAUGCGGGUAGUCGUGCUGCUCAUGCUGCCCUCCAUGUUGUCAGCUCAGGGCAAGAACUUGAUUCUCUUUUUCUGCAUGGCUACACUGAUGAGCGGGCCGUUCGGCAACAUGCUGGAGAACACCAGACGAGCAUCCGCCAGUUUGGUGUGUGGGGCUGAGCUCGCCGCCAAUCAAAGCCGGACCCUGAUGAGACGAUCCGCAGAGCCACUGUUCUCUGCGCUCAACAAGAUCCAAGAGAUCAGCAGCAAUGCCUACGCUGUGGCAGGAAGAGUCCAGAACCUGAUCUCUGCUCUGACAGACAGCAUCCGCCAUGUUGCUCGCACGCUGAGAAACGUCAUGUACUUUCUAGCGGAGAUCGGAGACGUGUGCAACGAGAAGCUGGGCGCUCCUUACAGGAAGUGUGUGACGCUCUUCAGGGCGGCUCAAGAGGACUGCUUGGACCUGCUGGAUCGAGAGUUCCACUUCCUGUGCGAGAUCAUAGCGGGCUUCCAGUCGCUCUGCAACAUCGCCCGCGUCGGGGAGAUCUUCUGCACCAUCCCGUCCUACAUCGCCACUCAGCUGAAGGAGCGACUGGAGGAGCCCACCGUCGCAGCCUUCCGACACUUGAAGAAACAGUUUGAAUUCAAUGUAUCCAUCGAUGUGGACUUUGACCUGGAUGCCGACAGCGACCACUCGCUCCACCAGACCACUCAGCAGAUUCUGGAGGAAAUCUCGCUGGAGCUGCAGCAGCUCAGGUGGCUCAGCGGGCUGCUGUUGUACGGAGGGGUCAUCAUGCUCUUCAUCUCCUUCCUGAAGGCGCUGAACUACAGACGUCACUACCUCCACAAGCUCACCUUCGACAACUUCUACAUCAGUGCUCAGUUCAGGGCCCUGGAUCAGCGGGUGACUGAGGACGGCAGAACCCCGUUGCUGCCGCUCACACGCCGCGAGACCAGGACCUACAUCACACCCUGUUCGUGGAAGCUGACCAGAAGAGAGCUGCGGGCCGUCACCAAGAAUGUCUUCUCUGUCAUGAAGCACGUGGUCUUGGCUCUGGUGGUGGUGGGUCUGGACCACCUGGUGUUCUGGAUCCUGAACGAAAUCUACAAGCUAGCCCACAGUGACCUGGUGGUCAGAGGUCAGGAAACACACACACACACACAGACCUGUCCUCCUCCGCUUAAGUGGGCCCAACCGCUCCGUUGUCCAGCUCCAGUCACGCUGACGCUGCAGGUGGAUGGCUCGGGCUUCACCUCCGACAUCUUCAGGGACAUGGUAGCGUCCUUCAACACCCUGCAAGGAGGAAACAUCACCGUGGUCAGCAAGAAGUGUCUGCUGAAGCCGUCCACGCCCGACAUCACCAACAUCAUCACCAUCGGGAUCCUGCUGCUCCUAGCGCUGCUGGUGUCCGUGGCGGGAGGUUACAUGCUCCGCUGCAGACGGCUCAUAUGUGGCUUCUUCAACCCCAGGAGGGAGGAGAAUAGAAUCCACUUCCUCCACCGCCACAUCCUGGGACAGAGGAGGUCAGAGGGCCGAGCUCUGAAGAGGUCAGCGGUGUGGAGCUGGACCAGGCCUGGCCAAGGACCCGGAAGGUGGCUUCACAGCCAGCUGCGCAGAGUGCCCGGAGGAGCCUUCCUUUCCGACCUCCUGGGUCUGAGCGCUGCCCCGUGUCUGGCGUGUGGCCAGCGGCCCAGCUCAGCUGGAGACACGAUCACCUGUGAAGUGCCAGAGUGUGCAGCUCGCUUCUGUCAGACCUGCUUCCACAGUUUGGGGGACCAGUGUGUGGUCUGCAGGCAGCCUCUGACCUCUCCGACUGAUGACGAGGAGGAACUAGACUGGAGUGACCAGGAGCAGCAGGAGGUGUGGCAGGCUGCCCGAAACCGCCUAAGGGAUCCAGAACAAAUUGCUAGGAUGGACCAACGACUCAUGAGGAACCAGAGUCGAGCCCAGAUCAGUGAGGCAGACAUGGCGUACCAGGAUGCCCCCGCGCCCGAGGACCUCCCAGACCGUUACGUGGUGCGACAGGCCAGACCGUCCCUGUUCUCUCUGGCCGGGGUCAUUGACCUGUGGAUGGAUACAAAUCUGUUCGGCUACUACCCAGAAACUGUAGGGAGGACCAGUUCCGCAGGGGCAAAUCUGAGUCCACCGGGGUCCUCCUCAGGCCCUCAGGAGGGGGCCCUCAGGGUGGGCACUCCAAUUCGGUGCACAGCCUCGUUCGACUCUCAGCCGUGGGCCAGACGUUCCGGACGAACUCUGAGACUGCCUAGGUCCCUGCCAGCCUCUCCAGAGGCGGGUGGCAGCAUGAGCCAGGAUCUGGCUCCGUCCAGACCCCCUGGAGGCCUCCAGGUCAGGGCCAUGACUGUUUUUCAGCGCUUGAGACAGUUCAGACCUAAUCCGGACUCCUCAGAGGGGGACGCCUAGAGAGGGCAGCGGAGCAGUCCAACCCCCGGAGUUACUGGUGUUCCAGAUGUUCCAGACGCUGAUGUUCAUCUUCACAUUGUUAAUAUUGUAUUUUUAGUGACUUGAUUGAAUCCAAAUGUUGAUUAAUUGUUGAAAUGCAUGUGCCAGGGUCACAUGACCUGUACUUCCUCAUUUUUCUUCCUUCUGUCUACCUUGCCAUUUCACUUCCUCUUAUUCUCUGCUCCCCAUUUCACUCGAUUAUGUUCCAUUUGUUUAUUUAAAUUUCCUUGCAUUGACUCCUGCCCUUGUCGCCCUUAAAACUCACUUCACCUCAUCUUCAACUCCGUGAUCAUUUCCUCUUCCUGUGUUGGUUUGGGAAGUCACAUGAUUUGUCAGUGUUUGUGAAUAGAUUUUCUUCCCGUC